AUAUACAGCUCUGGAAAAAAAAAAUGACAGACCACCAGAGUUUCUUUGAUUUUACCAAAUUGAAAACCACUAGAAAACUCUUAAAACUUCAUGAAUAUGAACUUGUUUUCUUUGCAUUAUUCGAGGUCUGAAAGCUCUGCAUCUUUUUUGCUAUUUCAGCUAUUUCUGCAAAUAAAUAAAAAUUUUAUUUGUAUUUUGGGAGAAAUGUUGUCUGUAGUUUAUAGAAUAAAACAACAAUGUUAAUUUUACUCAAAUAUAUACCUACAAAUAUAAAAAUCAGAGAAACUGAUUUAGAAACUGAAGUGGUCUCUUGAUUUCUUCCAGAGCUGUAUGUAUAUAUAGAUAAGAAAUGACAAUGAAAAUGAGAUCCUGCAUAGUACACAAUGAUUAGUUUGACUUAGAGCAGUACACUGUAAUUUAACACUGCUGUAUUGGUAUUGGUCCUGAUGCUGAGUAUUGGUGCCAUCUCUGUUUACUCUGUUCACUGAGUGAAUGUUUCUGUGUAAUGAUGCUCUUGUUUGGGACUUUGGGACUCUGUUCUGCUGUUCCUCUGCUUUCCAGCAUGUUGGUGUGCAUUGGCAGAGCUUCUCGAGGCUCCUCGUGUUGGGUCUGUUCACGUGGGUUUAUGGAUCAUUCACUGUUUGUUAUUUAAGGUGUUUGUAGGAGCACUGGCUCAGGUUUGGCUCAGGUGUGGGGAGGUGUUUGGAGGUGUGGUGGGAGUUUGAGCUGUAAACUUCUUCAGACCUGCAGGGCUAGAAGCUCCACUCAGUCCCGUAACCCUAUUAACAGUGUGUCUGUUUUCCCUUCUCCCUCUAUGGUGACUCUCCUGUGUGCCUUAUUCCAGUCUCAUUGGACAACCAGCACAUGCUGCACUACAUCCGGGACAAAACCGCCGUGCCCUACUUCUCCAACCUGGUGUGGUUCAUCGGCAGCCACGUCAUCGAGCUGGACAAGUGUGUUCAGACAGAUGAAGAGCAUAAAAACAGAGGGAAGCUGAGUGACCUGGUUGCGGAGCACCUGGAUCAUCUUCACUAUCUCAACGACAUCCUCACCAUCAACUGCGAGUUCCUCAACGACGUGCUGACGGACCAUUUGCUCAACCGCCUCUUCCUGCCCCUCUACGUUUACUCGCUGGUCACCCAGCAGCAGGGUCAAGACCGCAAGAUCAACCCUCAAGUGUCACUUUACCUGCUCUCCCAGGUGUUCCUCAUUAUCCACUACCAGCCCCUGGUGAACGCUCUGGCUGACGUUAUUCUGAAUGGAGACUUGACUGUUUUCUCAGCUCAGGCGGAGCAGAACAUGCACAAGCCCUCAUCUAACAGUGGAGUGCGCCGCUUCACCAAGCCCCCCGAGAGUCUGGAGCGUUCUCUGGAGAUGAGUCGGCAGCGCGGCAGGAAGAGAACCCAGAAACGGCCCAACUACAAGAACGUGGGGGAGGAGGAAGAGGAGGAGAGGGGGGCUGAGGAAGGCACGGAGGAGGAGAAAGAAAAGGCUAAAGGUACAGAGGCUAGCUCAAAGCCCAGCAGGACGUGUGGGGACACGGAAGAGAUUGAAAUGGUGGUGAUGGAGAAGUGUAAGCUGUCAGACGUGUCCAGCCUGACCGAGCAGAACAUCACUGAUGAGGAGAAAACGGCUGCAGCUGCUGCUCGAACCGAGGGCCAGAGGAGCAGACCCUUCUUGGACAUGGUGUAUAACGCCCUGGACUGCGAGCUGGAGGACUACCACGCCCUUUUCGUCCUCUGCCUCCUCUUCGCCAUGUCUCACAGCAAAGGAAUAAACCCAGAGCUGUUGGAGAAGAUCCAGCUGCCUGUACCUGGGCAGGAGAGGAGCAGUUACAGCCAAGUUCUGGUGGAGAGGCUGAUCAGAAUCAUGAACCAGGCUGCUCAGCCAGACGGGAGGGUACGGCUGGCCACUCUGGAGCUGUGCUGUCUUCUACUCAAGCAGUCGGUCCUCUCCAACACUCAGUGCAUCAUCAAGGACGUCCACCUGGCCUGUCUGGAGGGUGCUAGAGAGGAGAGUCUCCACCUGCUGCGCCGCUUUUACAAGGGGGAAGAGAUCUUCCUGGACAUGUUUGAAGACGAGUACAGGAGCAUGACUAGUAAGCCUCUGAAUGUGGAGUACCUCAUGAUGGACGCGUCCAUCCUGCUUCCCCCGACUGGAACGCCCCUCACUGGCAUUGACUUCGUUAAGAGGUUGCCCUGCGGAGACGUGGAGAAGACACGCAGGGCUAUCCGAGUGUUCUUCAUGCUCCGGGCGCUGUCUCUACAGCUUCAGGGAGAACCAGAGACCCAGCUUCCCCUGACCCGCCCAGAGGACCUCAUUAAAACAGACGAUGUCCUUGACCUCAAUAACAGUGAUUUGAUCGCCUGCAUGGUGGUGAGUAAAGAUGGCAUUCAGGCACAGCGCUUCCUGGCUGUGGACGUGUAUCAGAUGAGUCUGGUGGAACCGGAUACCAAGCGAUUGGGCUGGGGAGUUGUGAAGUUCGCCGGCCUUCUACAGGACAUGCAGGUGUCUGGAGUGGAGGACGACAGCAGGGCGCUGAACAUCACCAUCCACAAGCCCACCUCCAACCCCCACGCGAAGCCCCUCCCCAUCCUGCAGGCCUCCUUCAUCUUCGCUGAUCACAUUCGCUGCAUCAUCGCCAAGCAGAGGCUGGCCAAAGGUCGCAUUCAGGCCCGGCGUAUGAAGAUGCAGAGGAUAGCUGCUCUUCUGGACCUCCCUGUCCAGCCGUCGUCUGAAGUUCUGGGUUUUGGUCAGCCUGCAGCUUCAUCCUCUCAGCUGCCCUUCCGCUUCUACGACCAGGCCCGACGAGGCCCCGCCUUCGCCUCUGUAGAUAAAGUUCCAGGUUUUGCAGUGGCCCAUGUCGCCCAGCACAGUCCCUCGCCCCUGUCCUCCCCCUCCCCCAGCUCCAGUGGCAGCACCAGUCACUGUGACUCGGUCACGGCCAGCAGCGUGUCGGUGCAGUCUGCCACACAGAGCCCAUCAGAUGAUGCUGAGGGGUCUCAUGUGGCUCUGACCGACCCUGCUCUCCCUGUUCCAGCCCCUGCCCUCGCCCCCAGCCUGACGCCCGCCGCCCAGCCCACCAUCUCUCUGCUGUCGGACGCCGACGCCGAGACGCUCAGCGUGGACUCCCUCACCCUGCUGCCUCCAGCCGACCCGCCCCGCCUGCGCUCCUUCAGCACCCAGUCCUCCGCCCAGGAGGAGGCGCCGGACGCCACCCAGCACGAGCACACCGAGCCCGUCUCAGACCCGCCCCCGGACGACGACGGCAACGGCGAGAACACACAGGAAGAGGACAGGAAGGACAUUAGCGUCAUACCAGAGGAAGACGAGCCUUCUCCUGAUUCAGAGCCAGCAGAGACCAGGCCUCCAAACACGGACUCGUCCAGAGAGGAAGCCCAGACUCAGGCAGAGUCUGAACCUGCCGUUAACCCUCACCUGUCAGACCUCGAGGACAACCCUGACCUCGAGCAGGAGACCGAAAUAGACUGAAAUAGUGGAGCAGGUCUGAGUGGACAACUCCAGUCCAGUGGAGACCACCACUGGGAAGCAGCUCAGUCCUUACAGCGACAGUCUGGCGACAAACGUGCAGAAAUAUUUGCUCAGUUUUCCCCUUCAUCCAAGUUUAGGUGGUAUAGAAGUAGUACCUUAAAAAUUAUACCUUUAUACAUUGGAAUAGUUUAAAGUUUUUUUCACCGUUUUCCACCGAACAUAUAAUUGGGUUCUACACGCCACAUUACACACUUAUUUUUAAAGAUCACCAUACCUUAUUAAAAAAAAAAAAAAAACGAGAGCCACAAAGGAUACAUCACCUGCGUCCUUUAAAUUACUAUAAAUUACUCUGAACUUUGGCUUCCUGUCCAUCAUAGCUCUAACUCUUCCAAUACCAUUGUUCUUUAUGUCAAAUCAGAAAACAAUACCAAUAUUCCCACAGUGAGGAUGAUAAACUGUCAAUGACUUGAAGGAACUCCUUGAAGGACGACUUUGAGACUUUGACCAGCAACUACGCCACUAGAACUUAGAUUUCAGAACUAGGAUUCUCAGAUUAAGUGACCGGUUUAAUUCUUAUAUGAAGGGAAAAUUCUGUCAGACAGGCUGAGGAAAACCUGGAAACUGACCUUAGAGAGAGUCUUAGAAAAUAAAUCGUGUCUAUUUUAUGUUGAUCCAACGCUUUGACCAGGGAGUUUUCCUCCAUAGAUUUGUUUUUGCGAGCUCCACAGCUAAUAAGACAAAUAAUAAUAUUAAUGGGUAAAAUAAUGCAAAUAAACGAGAGCCUCGAAGGAUACAUCAGCUGCGUCCUUUAAUUAAUCACUCUGAAAUUUGGCUUCCUGUCCAUCAUAGCUCUAACUCUUCCAAUACCUUUGUUCUUUAUGUCAAAACAGAACACAAUACCUUCAUUUCCACAUUCCAGGAUGACUCAACUGUAGAGUGACAGUGUGUAGACAGUGUUUACAGUUCCAAUUCAGAGUGUGAGGGCUUUAAAAGACAUGUAAAAAAAAAAACUAUUUGAGGGACAACUUUGAGACUUUGACCAGCAAUUAUGUCACUAGAACUUAAAUUUCAGAACCAGGAUUCUUAGAUUGAGUGACCAGUGUAUUCUCUAACUGAGGGAACUCAAGUUAGGGUUAAUUCUAUCAGACAGGCAGAAGAAAACCUGGAAACUAACCUUAGAAAGAGUCUUAGAGAAGAAAUAAUGUCUAUGUUAUGUUGAUCCAACGCUUUCACCUGGGAACUUUCCUCUGUAGAUUUGUUUUUGUGAGCUCCAAAGCUAAUAAGACAAAUAAUUGUGUUCUACACACCACAGUAAACAUUUCUUUUUAAAGGUCACCUUGCCUUAUUGAAAAAAAAAACAAGAGCCACAAAGGAUACAUCAGCUGCGUCCUUUAAAAAAUCACUCUGUCCUGAUUCCUUUUGAUUCUUCCAAUACCUUUGCCCAACAUUCCCACAUUCUAGGAUGAAGCACUGUAGAGUGGAUAGUGUGUACAGGUACAAAUAAGAGUGUGAGGGCUUUUAAAGACAUUAAGGAACUUUUUGAAGGACGACUUUGAGACUUUGACCAGCAAUUACGUCACUAGAACUUAAAUUUCAUCACUAGGGUUCUUAGAUUGAGUGACCGAUGUAAUCCUUAUCCAAAGGAAAUUUGAGUUAAGAACAAUUCUGUCAGACGGGCUGAAGAAAACCUGGAAAAUAACCUUAAAGAGAGUCUCAGAGAAGAAAUCAUGUCUAUGUUAUGUUGAUCCAAUUCUUUGACCAGGGAGUUUCCCAGUUUCCCAGAGUGGGACCAAACUAAGGAAACCGUGUCUGAUAUUUCAGUAAACUUGACCUACUUUUAUAGUUGAGGAAAGAAGGGUAAAGCUGAGCAAACUGCGCUUGGAGUUGUGCCGAGCGUCGCUGUGAGCCUGGUCGUGUCCGUGUAUCGGUUAAUGAUUUAUGUGAACGCUUGUCUUUGUAGUUUUUGGAACGCAGAGUUUUUGCAUACUUUCUCUUUCUUUAGAACAGUGAUGCUUUCAUGGGAACAAAGGUGUUCUUGAUGGUCGAUGAAGUCGUUCAAAGCACAGCUUUGUUAUGAUUGUUUUUUGUUUUUCUUUGUCUUCUUCAUCUGAGCACCAUUGUUUUGUGGUCUUCUGUCAUGGUGCUGUGUGUUUGGGUGGCGUUGAGUUGUGUGAAUGAGUGGACUGAUUGAUUGAUUGAUUAAUUGAUUGAAUGAGAUGAGUGUGAGAGAAAUGAGAGCGAGAGAGAGAGAGAGAGAGAGAGAGAGAGAAAGGGAUGGAGAUCGUAAAACAGGUUUGUUUUUAUAAGUAUGUUCAAGUGGGUGAAUGAGUGCCCACUGAGUUUUACCAGUCUUAAACACUGAGGAAUGUACAAAGACUUUUGGGUCUGUCCAGCGGUGCUUUCUCCUGGAGGACUACUUCACUUUGACUGAACGUGAAUUUGCACUUCAACAGUAGCUUUGUCUGAAAGCCCUUUGAAUUAUUGCUUUUUGUGUUUUGCUUUUUUGCUUUUUGCCUUUUUCUUUAGUUUGCUGCACAAAAAUAUGUAUUAAAUAUUAUUAUUUGUA